AGAAGUUCCCCAAUGUGGUACCUUGCGAUACACACGUUUAACCAUUAUCAAGCACAAGGACAUCCCGGACACGAGCCGUUACUGAGUCUGAAUUUCACAUAUUGUGGUCCAGAGUGUCUCCUGAACCCGUGUGUGUGUGUACGUGAGAGGGGAGCGUGUCCACAUCCCAGCGUAGCGGUUGUCUCCAGUCAUGGCUCCAGCGGUGGGCGGGCCGGUAGGGUACACCCCCCCAGAGGGGGGCUGGGGCUGGGCGGUGGUGGCCGGGGCCUUCAUCUCCAUCGGCUUCUCCUACGCCUUCCCCAAGUCCAUCACCGUCUUCUUCAAGGAGAUCGAGGUGAUAUUCAACGCCACGCCCAGCCAGGUGUCCUGGAUCUCCUCCAUCAUGCUGGCCGUCAUGUACGCAGGAGGUCCAAUCAGCAGUAUCCUGGUGAACAAGUUUGGCAGUCGACCAGUCAUAAUGGUGGGAGGCUGUCUGUCGGGCUCGGGGCUCAUAGCUGCUUCCUUCUGCAACAGCGUGGAGCAGCUCUACUUCUUCAUCGGUGUGGUGGGAGGUCUGGGCUUGGCCUUCAACCUGAACCCGGCCCUCACCAUGAUCGGCAAAUACUUCUUCAAGCGGCGGCCCAUCGCCAACGGCAUAGCCAUGGCGGGCAGCCCCGUGUUCCUGUCCACGCUGGCGCCCCUCAACAGCUGGUUCUUCGACCAGUUUGGCUGGCGGGGCAGCUUCCUCAUCCUGGGGGGCCUGCUGCUCAACUGCUGCGUGGCCGGCUCCCUCAUGAGGCCCCUGGGCCCCGACCCCCAGCCCGCCAAGUCCCAGGGCGACGCCACCGAGCUGGGCGAGGCGGCGGCGGAGAAGGAGAAGGAGGCGGCGGCGGCAGCGCCCAAGCGCACGGUGCUGGAGCGGAUCAACGGCGUGAUCGACCUGACGCUGUUCAAGCACCGGGGCUUCCUGCUCUACCUGCUGGGCAACUUCAUCAUGUUCUUCGGCCUCUUCUCGCCCCUCGUCUUCCUCUCCAACUACGCCAAGAGCAAGGACAUCGCCAAGGAGAAGGCCGCCUUCCUGCUGUCCGUGAUGGGCUUCGUGGACAUGGUGGCCCGGCCCUCCAUGGGCCUGCUGGCCAACACCAAGUGGGUCCGGCCGCGCAUCCAGUACUUCUUCGCGGCGUCCGUCCUGUACAACGGCGUGUGUCACGUGCUGGCGCCGAUCUCCGUGGACUACAUGGGCUUCGUGGUGUACGCCAUUUUCUUUGGCUUUGGGUUCGGCUGGCUGAGCGCCGUGCUGUUCGAGACCCUGAUGGACCUGGUGGGCCCCCAGAGGUUCUCCUCCGCCGUGGGGUUGGUCACCAUCGUGGAGUGCGGCCCUGUGCUGCUGGGACCACCACUACUGGGCCGCUUCUAUGAUACAUACCAGAGCUACGACUACACGUACAUGAGCUGUGGCAUCAUCCUCAUUAUCUCCAGCGUGUUCCUCUUCGGGGGCAUGGGCCUCAACUACCGUCUGCUGGACAAGGAGCGGAAGGAGGAGGAGAAGAGAGAGAGGGAGGAGCCCAAGGAGGAGUGCACGGCCAUGCUGGAGGCCCCCAGUCCUUCCAAGGAGGAGGAGGAGGAGGAGAAGGAGAAGAAGAAAAAGGAUGGAGGGGCAGAGGGAGAAAACGGCCAGGCUACCAUCGCGAUGGCAAAUGUCUCCAAGAUGGAUGAGGACACAGUCCUGUAGGGGCACGGACCUGAGACACAUGGCCCUGGACACACACGCCAGCACGCACACACACACACACACACACUCCAGACGAACGACAAACAGGAGCUCAUGCAAACAAAAACGGGUCAUACACGUAAACUCGAGCCAGCCAGCCAGAUAUAUUUCUGUAUGUACUCACACCCUCACAAACCUGCCUUGGUAUUACAAGACACAGGUUCCCCCCCCAGUGUUUGGAAGUGGUGUUGUUGCGUCGCUAACAACAAUGUUUAGGAUUUAUCUCAGGGUCUUUGGUCCGGAGUUUUUCAAAAAGGUGCACACCCAUCUUUGCUUUUCAGUUUUUCACCCCCCCCCCACACACACACACACACACACUCACACACACACGCUCUCAGUCCUCAAGAGAUGUACGUGACUCUGGAGACACAAGUUCACACGCUUGCUAGCCCUGUGUGGCUAGGCUUCAUCUGGUUGUUGAUACUCCGGAAGCCUGGAUGAAGGGAGCUGUGCAGAGAGGCAGUUUGAUCUCUGUUUUUAGGUGAUAUAGGUGUUAUAAAAAAAGAAAAAGAAAAAAGUAUUUGUUUGGUACGAAACCCAUUUUAGAAUGUGUGAAUCCACGCUUGAGCCCGAGUGAUCACGGCUCUCGAGCCUCACAGAUCAGAUGCACCACGUGGUCCUUCAUUCCUCCGCUGCUCACAGUAUUAUUGGAAUCGGUAGCACCCCCCCUCCUGUCUCUUUCUGUGUAUAUCUGGUGGGAUUUAACCAUCUACACUGAGGAUGAGAGGAACACUAGUAUUGAUUGAAACAUGUUUAUUUAAUGGGGGACCUCCUGAAAGAGUGCAGCUACCUGUGUGUGUGUGUGUACAGUUUAGUUUUGGUGCUCCUUAGUGUAGGUAUUUUUCUUCCUGUGGUGCUAGUGUACAGUCAGCUCAGUGAUCAGCACACCUCUGGUGUCCUUGUGCUGGAGACGUUCUCCAGUGAGCCGUUGGCUCUCAGCACUCCUAAGCCCUCUCUAACGCUCUAGAACUUUCCCAGCAAAUGGUUUUAAUCUUUUUUUUAUUUUUUACUCUAACAACGCUCGUUUUCUUUUCUUCUAAAAACAGCCUUUUUGAAAUGUGUGAAGAUUUGAUAUGGGAGAGAAGCAGUACAGAGGCAGUCCAGCUUUUUAUCUUUGUAGAAAUACGAAGGGCGUUUCUUUUUUCGGUAGGCUCGUUUUAAUGGUAUUCCACCUGGUGUAAUGGCCGUGAUUGGACCAGCUCAGACCAGCAUCUGACAGUGUUAUACGAGGUCUCCCAGGAGGAGUCUGCUUUCUCACGCCAUAGGAAUGUUUCACUCCAUAACGAGGAAAGCCUUUUUCGUGUUGCUGCUGUGCACUUUAUACUUGUAUGGUCAGACAAACACCCACAGCCACACUCUAAUACAAAACCGACUAAAAUGCUAUGAAAUUGACUUGACUAUAUGUCUAUGAUAUGACCAUGAAGGGCAUUUCUAUGUAUCAGUUCAUUUUUGCAUAGCAGCCAAUUACUGAAUGUAGACAUUUCAGACAAAUCAACAAAAGGAAGCAUAUCAUGUAUUUCGUCUAGAAGGACUCACUUUAGUGAGCAGUUCAGAGGAGAGCUGUAAAGCUUGACAGCGUGGCCCGGUAUCUGGCACCUGUGACCUACUCUGAGAGACGUGGCCAGGCUCACGUGGGGUUCAGCUGCAGCCUUCCAUUCCUCCUGUGACCGCCUCAGACACCGCCUCAGACACACAUGUUGGGAUCUGCCCUGUCAGAUUUCUAUGAUUCAUGUUUUUUUUUCUUUCAUAUUUGUAGCCUAUGGAAUUAAGUGUUAGACUGCCAACAGUCCAAUCAUUUGAGAGCCCCUGGAUGUGAGGGUGGGGACAGGAGGGGAGGGGUGUGGAGGCAGGCGUCUGCAUGCAGGGAGGACAGCCUUCCUGGGAGGAGGGGACUCUGCUGCAGCACACAUUGGCUUCAACAUGUUUGGGGAGUCAAAUAAUGUAGAAUUCAGAAGGAAAUAAUAUUUUAGUGUAACAAUUUGUACUAGAGGUAUCUGGCAAUGGUGUCAGGGAUGACUGUAAUUAUGAUGUCCUGUUUCUAUGAACAGUGAAGAAAUUAAACCAUUUGUAAACGGAA